CGUUGACACACCAUGGAUUGAGACAGAACCACGCUGCUUACCUCGCACCACACUGCACACCUUGGAGUUACGGCGAUCCUCGAUUACUUUGACCUCGUACCGGCUAGCCUAGCAACGCUCCCAUCCCCCGCCAACAUACAAAUGGUCGCGCCGCGUCGUCGGGUCUCCCCAUCCCCAGUGCCCCAUUCACUGGCCCUCAAGGAGAGAUGAGUGGUUGGAAGGCGCUGCUCGCAGCGUACCUGCUUGGAGGUAUCACAUUUAUUCCGUUGGUGCUAGGGCUGGUGUUCCUGCACGCAUAUGCCACACUGCCCGUCCACAAUAGCAUCGCUGAGGAUCAGGAGAAAGUCCAGGGGAAUGGGAAUGGUGUCAGCGAAAAGGAUAAAUCUCAAGGCACUUCCUCUUCCUCCUCCAUUGACGGUGACGCCUCCAUCUUCGAUGCCCUGCCCCCGGAGCUCAAGUCCCGAACAGCCCGCACCCAUGUACCUGACGUGGCAGCCGGCUACUUCGCCGUGUGUCGCGAGUAUGUUCCAGGAGGGAUGAAUGGGAAACCGCCUGAGCGGACGACGCCGGCUGGGGCGGUGGUGGCGGCGGAGAGUCCCAGCGUGUAUCAGGCUAUGUAUAGGAGUAUUUUUGAGAGGGGGAAGAGCAUGAGUCCGACGUUGGACGUUGGGAACGGGACUGGGGGAGGGGGGAAGGGGAAGAGGGGGAGGAAUGUCUUCUAUGUUGUUUUACGGCUUGGGAUUCUCAUGCUUUACGACGACUCCGAACAGCUGGAAGUCCGUCACGUCAUUUCACUUGCGCACUACGAUGUCGAUAUAUACAGUGGAGGCGACAAGAUACCCGAAGGCGAGCUGUGGAUCAAGAGGAACUGUAUCCGUCUCACUCAUCGCUCACAAGGGGAUAAGCUACCCUCGGACGCCAAACCCUACUUCCUCUUCUCCGAUAACUGCUCCGACAAGGAAGACUUCUAUCACGCCAUGUUGCAGAGCCAGGACCACCGAAAUGAUAUACCACGAAGCCCGCCUCGCCCGCUCAAAUUCGACACCACGGAUCUAGUUCGCCUGGUCCAGCAACUCCAUGCUUCGGAAGAGUACCUGCACACGCGCUGGAUCAACGCGCUCAUCGGCCGAGUCUUCCUCGCCAUGUACAAAACCGAGCAAGUCGAGCAAUUCAUCUGGAACAAAAUCACAAAGAAGAUCUCGCGCGUCCCGAAACCCGCCCUCAUCAGCAAAAUCGAUCUCCAGAAAGUCGACAUGGGAAACCUGCCCCCCUUUAUCACAAACCCCAAGCUCAGAGAGUUGACGAUGGACGGGGAUUUGACCGUCGAAGCGGACGUGAGUUACAAGGGGAACUUCCAGGUGGAGAUUUCCGCCGUCGCGCGGAUUGAGCUGGGCUCACGGUUCAAGAAUCGGGAUUUCACGACUACGCUCGGUCUGGCGGCUACGCUGAAGAAGCUGGAAGGACACGUCUUGCUGAGGGUGAAACCUCCGCCUAGCAAUAGGCUGUGGAUAACGUUCGAGACGGCGCCCAAGAUGGAGCUGGCGCUGGAGCCGAUUUGGGGGUCCAGGCAAAUUACGUAUGGGCCUAUUUUGAGGGCCAUGGAGAGUCGGCUUAGGGAGGUGGUGGGCGAGACGUUGGUGUUGCCGAACUGGGAUGAUUUUCCGUUUAAGGAUACGGAACUGAGUGAAUUCAGGGGCGGGAUCUGGACGAGUGAUAGAAAGAAGGAGAGGGAGAAGGAGCAGGGCAAGGCCGCGGCUACAGCUACGAAGCCUGCUCCUGAAGCUGGGGAGGGGGAUGGAGAGGCGGAGAACCGGCUGCGAGAGAUGGAGUAUGGGUCGGAGGACGAAGCGGAGGGUCAAAUAUCCAACUUGCCUACGUCGAGGCUAGAGAGCAAACCGACUUCGAGCACCGCGACAGUGUCGAGCUUGGAAUUGGCGGACGUCCAGACUCCCAUGUCGUCGCCUGCGGCGAGCAUGCGCCCGUCGGUCAAACCGAAAGCAAUGAGGUCAAGCUCCUUUGCGAAUGCAGCGUCGCCGAUAGUAAACGUCGACGCUGCCAGCGCAUCAGCGACGAAGACCGAGUUGAAAGAACGGCAACAGGACGCUGCGGCUGCAAUGAAGACCAUCUCCUUGUCCCAACCUGGAUCUCCUACCGACACGCCCGUUGGCUCCCCGCCCCAGUUCAAUCAUAUGGAGAGCGCAUUGGAGAAGGGGCCGAGUGUCUCCUCAGUCAAGUUGCAACAGAUACAACAGGAUCACGAUGCAACCUCUGUACACUCAACAAGGCCCUAUUCUUCUUCAUCUCACUCCGCAGGCUCCCAGAGCUCGAUCUCGCAGGUUCAGCGGGAGAAUUCCGCCAAAUCUACAAGUACAAUGAGAAAAGGGAAACACGCGUCCUCAGCGUCCCUCCCGCGGAACGCUUUCACUCCGACGGCUGAACGGCGCCAUAUGAUCAAUCAGUCGAUUAAUUCGGCGGCGAGUGCAGCUAAGAAGUGGUGGAACAGCAAGCAGCAGGGAGGGGGUGGCCCCACGUCUCCGUCUUUGAGCAACAUCACAAAUGCUAUUAAGCAUGGGCCUGCGUCGCCGUUGCCGCGGGAGCAGCCGUCGACACCGCUGUCUACGAGUGCGCCGGAGGAGUCGCUUCAUGGACAUGAACAUGAACAGGAUGGUUCUCUUGAUACACACGGGGCCAGCGCAUCAUUGCCCUCUGGGCCUGCAAGCACCACCAGCACAACCACGCCCUCAACCAUCCCAACGAGCACCUCCACGACCACCGUAGCGGAUAACACCGCACCUCUCGGCUCACCAGCGAAUCCGAUCGGCCGAGGGCAACUGAUACCGGAAUCUGGACUCCUGUCGCCGAAGCCGGAGAAGAAGGGCUGGGCAGGCGUGGUGCCGGGUGCGGCUACGUUUGUGGGGAUGACGAAGCGGAAACCGGUGGUGCAGAGGAAGGCGGUGGGGAGUCAGGGGCAGGGGCCAGGGUCGGGGCAGGGGCAAGAAGAGAUGGGGAAGGGUACGAGGAGGGAUGGCGAUGAAGGGGCGGAUGAUAAUGAGAAGGAGAGAGUUCAGAGGGACAAGGAGAAUGGACAUCACCACCAGCGGGGUCCGGGACAACCGUCGUCAUCGUCAACAUCAAGGACGAGCACGAGCACGAGCAGCACCACUACCAAUUUCCCUUCUCACCAGCAGCAUCGUCAACAUGGCCACGAGCGCAAGGCUAGCGUCGGGACGGCGGCGAUGGGAAUGGGGAAUAGGAAGAAGAGCUCGUCGAUUCAGAGUCUGCCGUCGCCCAGUCUGUCAUCUGCGGGAAAUACGGGGCAGGGAUAUGCGAGGAGGCAGAGGAGGGCGGUCACGGAGUCUGCGGGCUCGGGGUCGGGCGUUGGGUUGGGGUUUGGAGGUGGUGAUGGGGAAGGGGAUGGGGUGUUUGUUGUCGAGGCGCCUAGGGAUCUCGAAGUGGAUGUGGAUGGUGAUGAGGUUCAUGGUUUUGUUGGACGGCAGGGGAGUCGGGACAGUGGUGGGAGUGCGGGUUCCGGCGUUGGCGGGGAUAUGAGGGGUGAUGGGGAGGAAGUGGAGGGCUCCGUGUUCACGGGCAUGGAAGGGGUGGAUGAAGUAGUGAAGAAAGAGUAGAGACGAGG